AUGCCCCUCCCCUCACAUUUCCGUAUUGGCUCAGUAGCGAUCAGCAACAGUACUUAUAGACACCCCAGUGCACAGGAAGGUAAGCUGCUGUCAGGCUUCACUCGUUCUGCCAGAUCUCGAGUAGCUGCCGGACGCUGUUUAGCAGCCUCCUACCACGGCCACUGGUUAAAAGUCGUGCGUGGCCAUGUCUCCUCACUAACUUUGUACAUAGUGCUCAUGCAGCUACCCUGGUGUGGCGCACCAAGCCCCAGUGGAGCAGCAGACCCGGCCCAGCAGAGCGGAGCAGUGCGCCAGGCCCAGCCCAAGCCCCAGCAGAGCGGAGCAGCGCGCGCCAGCAGAGAGCGGCCCCAGCAGAGAGCGGCCCCAGCAGAGAGCGGCCCCAGCAGAGAGCGGCCCCAGCAGAGAGCGGCCCCAGCAGAGAGCGGCCCCAGCAGAGAGCGGCCCCAGCAGAGAGCGGCCCCAGCAGAGAGCGGCCCCAGCAGAGAGCGGCCCCAGCAGAGAGCUCCUCCUUAA